AUGCUGUCAUCAGCGUACAAGAACGGCCAGGGCGGAACAGUGCCAGGCCGUACAAGUGGCAUACAUUUGGCUUUGGGAAAGAGGCGGCAUGCAGCUCUGGGUUCGAAGGGUUAUAAGCAACGUGAGGACGGAAGCCCAGCGACCAAACUCGUCAAGACUGCAAGCCGUAAUCCAUUCGACCCUUCGGUUAGCCGGGCAUCGUCAGAGACAGUCAGUCCAAGCUCGGACGAUGAUGCUAGUGCGAAUGCGCAGGCGCUUCGGGCGUUGCAGCAGGACAUUGACAAGAAAAAGGGAGAGAGGCAGAAGACAAGAGAAGAACAAAAGAGGAAGGACGACCCAGACUCGGCAAAGCCGCCUAUCAAGUUCAAAGAUGCAGUGGGCAGGAAGUUUAGUUUUCCGUGGCGGAUCUGCAAGACAUGGAAAGGCAUGGAGACUCUGAUUAAACAGGCCUUCUUACAUGUCGAUGUUAUUGGAGAUCACGUUCACCAAGGCCACUAUGACCUUACAGGCCCAGACGGCGAGAUCAUCUUGCCGCAAGUCUGGGACACAAUGGUUCAGCCUGAUUGGGAGAUCACCAUGCACUUGUGGCCAAUGGAGGAUCCAAGCCCAAUGCGAAGCCCAAUGCCAGACCCAAUGCCAGACCCAAUGCCAGGCCCGAUGCCAGGCCCGAUGCCUGAUCCGGACCCCUUCGCAUCCUUCGGCGGCAGCAAUAAGAAAGGCAAGCAGAAAGACGGCAGCGGCCCCGGACCUCUUACUUCUAGUCCUGCAGCAAAGGCACAAUUACUUAUCCACGAGAGAUUUUCCAAAGCCAUUCCGGGCUCCGUGCAUAGGACAAUUUCAAAAGACGACACAGCCAGUCAGGUCGAAAGAGAAGAGGCACUCUUAUGCCGAGUGUUCGUUGGCAGCAGACAGCAUGAGCGGAAAGCAGCAGGCAAUCACUGA